AUGAAUAUCUUCAAGCUGGAUUAUGUGGCCUUGCUGAUCCUAAAUUUGAUCUUUUGGCAUGUUUCUACAGUCUCUUCAGAAUCUGCCUUCAAUACUGGGGGUCGAGUGCUUGAUACUUUCAGAAGUUCUUUAUCUUCAAAGAUGGCUGAGGCACUUGUAUGUGCUCAGAAUUGGCCGUGUACAAAUCAUCCUAAGGCAAAUGAUUUGGAUGUUGAUAAUUUUGAUGCGAGUACAAGUAUUGUUGUUGACUUCAUUCACUUGCAGACAAACUCCAUGGCCAACAUUCUAAGCUUCCACACAUUUAUUAUUAUUAUUCUCUAUCUCCUUAUCUUCUUCCAAACACUUGAAGCCACCAUUAACAGCUCCUUCACCAUCCAGUUACUCCACAGAAAAUCACUUUUUGUCUCUUCUUCCCCUCCUUCUUCCUCUUUCCUCCCUUCAUUCCUCACCAAUCCGUCCUCCAAAGUAACCUCCAACAAUGGCGACUACCUCAUGAAACUCUCCCUCGGGACCCCUCCGGUCGACAUCUAUGGCUUAGCCGACACCGGAAGCGACCUUAUUUGGACACAGUGCCUCCCCUGCAAUAACUGCUAUCCCCAGAAAGCGCCCAUGUUUGACCCCACAAUGUCCCAAACCUUCAAGCCCAUUCCAUGUGGUUCAGAGCCAUGCGCUUCGAUGUACGGCACGUCGUGUUCGCCGGAGAAUUCGUGUGGGUACAGUUACGAGUAUGCAGAUUCGUCGGUGAGCAAAGGGGUUCUAGCAGAAGAGAGAUUCAGUUUUGGAGGUGCUGAGAGUGAUAUUGUGUUUGGUUGUGGACAUGAGGAUUCUGGGACUUUUAAUGAGAAUGAUAUGGGAGUGAUUGGGUUGGGUGGUGGACCUCUCUCACUUGUUUCACAGAUUGCAGCCGCUUUUGGAGGAAAAAGACGAUUCUCUCAGUGCUUGGUUCCGUUUCACACUGAUCCUAAUGUUGCAGGAACUCUAACAUUUGGAGAAGGCAGUGAAGUCACUGGGGAAGGAGUAGUGACAACCCCAUUAAUAUCUCAAGAUGGUGAAACUUCAUACAUAGUAUCACUCAAAGGCAUUAGUGUCGGUGACAUUUUUGUGCCCUUCAACACAUCAGAAACUGAAUCGUCCCAAAUGAACAUAGUGAUUGAUUCAGGCACACCAACAACAUAUUUGCCUCAAGAUUUUUAUGACCAGUUGGUUCAAGAACUUAAAGGGCAAAGCAACAUGGUUCCCAUUGAGGAUGACCCAGACUUGGGUUCACAACUUUGUUAUCAGGCUGAUACAAAUGUUGAGGGGCCAAUACUUACUGCCCAUUUUGAUAAUAAUGCAGAUGUUCCAUUGAUGCCUAUACAAACCUUCAUCCCUCCCAAAGACGGUGUCUUUUGCCUUGCCAUGGCUCCUUCUAGUGAUGGCUUACUUAUAUUUGGGAAUUUUGCCCAAUCUAAUCUCUUGAUAGGCUUUGAUCUUGAGGACAAGAUUGUGUCCUUCAAGCCCACUGAUUGCACCAGCCAAUAAAUAGAAAGAAAGAAAGAAAAUAAUGAUUGGAUAGUAUCUCAUAUUGUAUGUGUAGUAUUUUAGAUCUUUUUUAGUGAUUUCGAAAGACAUAUGAGAUAGAAAAACAGAACAUCUAUAUGAAACAGGGUAUUUGGUUGGUCCCACGUCUCAAUCUCUCUCCUCACUAGUUGCUUUAGCUAGUCAUUAGAGUGAUUUUAAGUCCAUAUGCAUGUAAUUGGAGUAACAAUUAGUUGGUAAAUUUUACUUAUACUCAA